AUGUCAAUCCCGUUCACGGUUGGAAAGCUAAUUGAUUUCUUCUCGUCAAUAAAUCCGCAAAUUCCGAUGGGAUUGUCUAUUUGGCAAGCUUCUGGGCUGCUCGUAUUGUUAUUCACAGCAGGGGCCGCUGCCAAUGCAUCAAGGACAAUGCUUAUGAGGAUUUCUGGUCAGCGCAUCGUUGCAAGACUUCGAACACAGAUGUAUGCGGCCUCUGUCCGCCAGGAAGUCGAAUUCAUCGAGAAGAGCGAAGGUGAUGUCAUCAGCCGACUCAGUGUUGACACAAGUAUUGUUGGAGAAAGCGUGACGCAGAACCUUUCUGAUGGACUUCGAGCCGUAAUCAUGUCAUCGGUUGGAUUGGCCGCCAUGUUCUACAUCUCUCCGACUCUCACCAUGCUGAUGUUGGUCCUUGUUCCCCCCGUAUCUUUGGGUGUAGUGUUCUAUGGCCGAUACUUGAAGAAGCUGUCAUUAAGGACGCAGGAGGCGAUGGGUGAAAUGACCAAGGUUGCUUCGGAGUCAUUACCUGCUCUUCGUACGGUUCAGGCUUUCAAUGCACAACGUCAAGAACAAGAGAAGUUCAAUGAAAAAGUGAUGAAGGUGCUUGAUCUAGCUAGGAAAGAAGCUAUUGCCAGCGGUAUCUUCUUUGGCAGUACCGGCUGGAGUGGUAAUAUUACACUUCUUGGACUGCUUGGUUAUGGUGGGACUUUAGUAUCACGCGGUGAAAUUUCCGUAGGGGAUUUGACGAGUUUGCUUCUCUAUACGGUUUACGUUGGGAAUGGAUUACAGAUGAUAACGUAUAUGACAUUCUUCUCAUCUAUCAUGCGUGGCGUUGGGGCAGGGACUCGUAUCUUCGAUUUACUUGACAGAAAGCCCGCGAUUCCUCCAGGCACUGGUAUCACGUUGGAUCACAGCCGGCGUGGGAUAGUGAAGUUUGAAAACAUUCGUUUCGAAUAUCCAAGCCGCCCAGGUGUUGAGAUCCUAAAAGACCUUAAUUUCGAAAUCGGAAUUGGUGAAAGUGUCGCGGUCGUAGGAAAGAGUGGAAGUGGAAAGACGUCCAUUCAUUCCUUGCUUCUGCGAUAUUACGAUCCGGUGAGUGGUAAGGUCACUUUUGACGGACAAGACAUACGCGAGUUCUCCGUCAAAUCUUGGCGCGAUAUUAUCGGGGUUGUGCCACAAGAUCCCAUUCUAUUCACGGGAACGAUCGCUUCAAAUAUAGCUUAUGGGAAUCCCGCGGCUACUCGGGAACAAAUCGAGCAUGCAGCAAGAGAGGCCAAUUGUGAGUUCGUAUGGGGUAUGCCAAAAGGAUUUGACACGGAGAUUGGUCGAACGAGUUUGAGUGGUGGUCAGAGGCAACGUCUUGCGAUUGCAAGAGCUUUACUUAAGAAGCCGGCUAUUCUUGCGCUGGAUGAAGCGACGAGUUCUUUGGAUGCCACUUCAGAACAUAGGGUAAAUGAUGCGGUUGACAAAAUAUUACGCUCUCGACAGACUACAUGUCUAUUUGUAGCACAUAGACUGUCGACGAUCGCUAGAGCCGAGCGAAUAGUGGUUCUUGAAGAUGGCCGCAUAGUGGAAUCUGGAUCAUAUCGCGAACUUGUCAAUCGCGAACAUUCCAAAUUCCGGGAUUUAAUGGCGGCUCAACUAGAUGCGUCUAAACAAGCUCCAUCUCGGAGUCAGUCCCCGUUGUACAAAGCAGAGGCGCUUCAGAUCGAAGCACAACCCGCGCCCUGA